GAAAAUCAGUCCCCCAAAAAUCCAACAGCUCCACACUCACACUUUCACUCUCAACUUCAUUGUUUUUCUCUUUGGUUUCUCGUAAUUAUUUCGCUUAGGGUUAGGGUUUUUUGCCUUUUUUUUAUUUUUUUCGUUAAACAUGGCUUCGACGUCGUCUUCGGAUCCUGGGAUGAAAGCGGAAGCCAGUGGCGGAGAGAAUUCGGAGACUGUGAUAGCAAACGAUCAGCUUUUAUUGUGCAGAGGGUUGAAGAAAGCGAAGAAAGAGAGGGGCUGCACUGCUAAAGAACGUAUCAGUCAGAUGCGGCCUUGCACCGCCGGCAAACGCAGUUCCAUUUACCGAGGAGUCACCAGGCAUAGAUGGACUGGUCGUUAUGAAGCUCACCUUUGGGAUAAAAGUACUUGGAAUCAAAAUCAGAAUAAAAAGGGGAAGCAAGUCUACUUAGGGGCAUAUGAUGAGGAGGAGGCUGCUGCAAGGGCAUAUGACCUUGCUGCUUUGAAAUACUGGGGUCCUGGGACACUUAUUAAUUUUCCUGUUACUGACUAUACUAGGGAUCUUGAAGAGAUGCAGAAUGUGUCAAGAGAGGACUACCUUGCAUCUCUUCGAAGAAAAAGCAGUGGUUUCUCAAGAGGAAUUUCUAAAUAUCGUGGGCUUUCAAGUCGCCGGUGGGGCUCAUCAUUUGGUCGUGUUUCUGGAUCGGAAUACUUUAAUAGUAUACAUUAUGGUGAUGAUCCUGCCACAGAAAAUGAUUAUAUUGGUGGUUUUUGCAUCGAGAGAAAGAUUGAUUUAACUGGUCAUAUCAAGUGGUGGGGAACCAACAAAACUCGUCAAGCAGAAGCUGGAGCAAAGUCUUCUGAAGAAACUAAACAUGCAUGUCCAGAAGACAUUGGCAGUGAACUUAAAACAUCAGAAUGGGCAGUGCAGCCUACUGAACCAUACCAGAUGCCCCGUCUUGGCACAUCUCUUGAAGGGACAAAACGUAAAGGGUCCUCUGUCUCUGCCUUGAGUAUAUUGUCCUGUUCUGCCGAUUUCAAGAGCCUGCAAGAGAAAGCUCUAAAAAACCAAGAACAGGAUACUGAAAAUGAUGAGAAUGAGAACAAAAAUACUAUAAACAAAAUGGAUCUUGGCAAGGCAGCUGAGAAAUCAGUAAAUCAUGACACUGGGAGUGGUAGACUUGAAGCCACAAUGGGGAUGACUGGUGGAUUGUCUCUUCAGAAAAAUGUGUUCCCUUUGACUCCCUUCUUGUCUGCUCCACUUCUCACCACCUACAAUACCAUAGACUCCUUGGUGGACCCUGUGCUUUGGACAUCCCUUGUUCCUGCUCUUCCCACUGGACCAUCUCAUAAUCCUGAGGUUACGAAGACGGGGACGAGCUCGAGCUCGGCAUAUACUUUGUUUCGGCCCGAGGAAUGAGUGACGAGGGUGUUUUGCUUGAAUUCUUAUGUUGCAGAUUUCCUUUUUUAUAAAACACGGGUCAGUUUAUCUUAGAAUCGGACUUUUGCUUUAUUUGUACAAGUUUGUCACCUGAGUUUUGAGAGCAUAGGAAAAAAAUGCAGUGUAUAUUGUAUAACAUGAAAGCUAUCCCUGUAUC